AAAACAGCGGUGACGCGCCGUCAAUCUGUCAGGUAAGAUGAUCAGGCGUACUUCGUCCUCAUAUCGAACCCAUGUCCUUCCAGACGAACAAGGCUCACACAGACCUCAUGCUGCACCUGCACCCCAGGUCCCGUUGGUUAUCACUGUUAUCAGGCUGCAAAGAUGCUCAAGCAAAUCUCAACGCCUUGCUGCCUGACGUGGGCGCGCCCACCAUAAUGGUCGCAAUCGACACACACAAUUCCCUUUGACAUGGUACCUCUCUCCACGGACACUUCCCUGCACCUAUCCCUUACCUUUGCAUCCAGGAACUAUCGAUUAUUGUUGAAAAGCCUGGAUCCCCCCAAUCUUCUUUAUCGAUUGUUCCCAUAAACAAUCCCAAGAACAACAACAACAAUCGAUAGCACUGAUCAGCAUCGACAGUCUGCACAGCCCCCGACCAACCAGGAUUGAGCAAGAUGCUCGACUCCUUUGCGAUUGACCAAUCAGACCGGGCAGGUUUCUCGCUGUUCCCUAUGCCGCCCACACCCCCAGUGAACAGAUCGCACGCAAAGAUGGUCUUGGGUGAACAACAACGAAGCCCUGUUCCCGACAUCCCCAGGUCUGCGUCAAAGCAAAGGGACUCCGAGGUUCCACACCUGCGUCCACCGCCAUUGAAGCUGCGAAAGAAGAAACUUGUCGAGGCCAAACCCUACACAACGUCUUCACCCCUCAGUUGGAUCGAGUUAGACGAACCAGUAACACCCAGAGAUCAUGUCGAUCCCAUCCCCCAGCUGCUCGUUGAGGAUGUCGUAGUGGACCAAGACACCUUGGCGCCACACCCAUCGGCAUCUUCAGCCAGAGCAUCGUCUGUUCUGGUGCCGGAAUUCAGCAUCAAUGUACAACAACCGCUUGAACCUAGCUUCUUGGCGCCCAUCUACGCAGACGAACAGGAUGCUUCUCAGGCCAAAAGAAAAUCUUAUCGUAAGAGCCAAUGGCUCGAUGUCCAAGGAGAGCUCGAUCGCAAGAAAUUAUCGGUCUACCUGAGCGACAUACUCGAGCCCUCAUUCAACGUCUUUGAACAACCGGAGUACCUCAAUCCUAUUCCUCAAGACAACCGUAGCAGCAUCAGAGAGCGGGAGAGUCGUCUUGCACGCGAUUCAUGGAAGUUUUCGUUCUUCUCGGGCGAUGAUCGGGGCCAAUCUCAUCGAGGCUCCAGGGUCGAGGAGGAGCCUGUCGAGGAUUGCAGAUGUCCUGCUGGUGCCAUCAUUUGCCACUGCUCCUCAUCACCAGAAUUCGAGCGAUUCCGACGUGUGCAUGCAGAUCACAGACCUAACCCCAGUGUCAGUUCGACCAAAUGCCUUCUCUCGAUCCCAAGAGCUCGCUUCCGAUCCAACUUGAACGAUGUGGAAGAGAUGGACACUCCAUCCACUCCACCUGGGUUGUCGUACGAUUCCGAAGACACCGACGAAUCUGACUGGUCUCUUCCGAAUUCACCAACUUUCCAGGACCGCAGGUAUUUGAACCAGCAGACUCCUACUCCCGCACCACGUCAACCUCUUACUACUGCCGUUCCAAGGCAAAAUCCUGUCCCGAGACCUCCUGUUCCAUCCUUCUCGCUCCCCUUCUCCCACGGCCGGCAGAUCAGACCACGCUUCCAUGUCGAUGGUGAACAACACGAAACACAACAAUCAUCACCAACUUCGAGCAUUCCCACCUUGUCGAGCAUUUCGACCGUUUCGACCUUCACCUUUGACUUUGGUGCGGACGAUGAGACGGAGUACGAUCCGUUUGACGAGAGCAGUGAAAUGACCGAGAUCCGAACUUUUGAGCCUGUUCAAAAGGCAAAGCCGAUUCUCAUUCAUUGUAAAGGCCCAUCGCCCCAGUCCAUCAAGUAUGGACACUACCGCGAGGGACACUACCGCCGCCACAGGGUGACGAAGAGCGGGUCCAUCUCGUCUUUGGAAAAGGGCUACGGCUAUGCAACAGUCUAUGUACGAUAAAAGCGUCGUCCCAUUUGUUCCAUUAUUUCAUUCCCAUUUCAUGAACUCAUCAAGCGGCCGCUAUUUGUGGGCCUAUUCACCCCAGUCCACCGCAUGUCUCUGUGGUCGGACCUGUUUGUUUCCAUAUGUAUAUCAAGAGGUAUGUAGGACGUGAUGUCUGGAGUUGGAAGGAUUUCGGGGGUGGUGUAUCAUUAUGGCCUAAUCG